UGUUAUUAAGACAUUAACCUUGUACUUCAAAUUUCCAGCCCCUUUUGCUGUUUUGCGUCAGAGUGUGAAGUAGGAAAUCAAAAGUUGUGAUUUUGCAAAAUCUUUACUCGAAAAAUCAGCUAGUUUUACCCAGAAUCAGUAUCAGCUAAGAAAUCUGAAACAUCUCUCUCCAAAUUUGGUAAAAAUCUUGUAUCCACUAUCUAGUAAUGUCUGGUGACUGAUGCAGAAAUAGGGCAAGUCCACUUAUAGAGCAAGUAUCACUACACCGGCCUCUCUAUGCCACGCUCGUUCUACCCACUUUUGUUUUCAGAUUUAGAUGGGCAUUCCCCUGCUGGUAUUACAUAGUGAAACAUCCAGAGAUCAGUUUCCUUUACUCAUGGAGCGAUUGGAAAACCGUGAAUGUCGUCAACAUGUGAUUGAUAUUGCUGUUGCUAAUGAUGCUCCUUCAAGUUUAUCAAAUCAAGAAGAAUCCCAUCAUACCGUAGAUAGACCUUCAAGUAGCACACACCAAGUUACCUCGCCACAGUCUUCUUCUGGAAGAAUCGAUUCUGGAAACCCUUCGUAUGUUGGUAGAGGUGAUUCAUAUGGUUACACCAGCCCGUUGAAUUCUGGUCUGUGGAUCUCAGUUGAGCUGAUUGUCACUCUUGCUCAAAUUGUUGCUUCUAUAGUUAUUUUGUCAUUGUCAAGAUAUAAGAGUUCCGAAGCACCGCUAUUUGCAUGGGUUGUGGGCUAUGCUUGUGGUUGUCUUGCAACACUUCCUAUUCUCUAUUGGCGUCUUCGCAAUUUCAGCCGUGGUACCGAGCGAUUUUCAGCCCCUCCAGGUAGUGUUACUGCUGAAGCUACGGAUUCCACGUCUUCUCUCAAUCAAGGCGUGGAUAGCCACGGAAAUUCACGUGUAGUUGCUAGGAACAACCAAAUGAGACGGAGAAUUAGUGUACGACUGAAUGGAAUAGUAGAUCACUUCAAGAUGGCCUUGGACUGCUUCUUUGCAGUUUGGUUUGUUGUGGGUAAUGUGUGGAUUUUUGGGGCACAUUCCUCUCCAUCUGUAGCUCCAAAGUUGUAUAGGUUAUGUAUAGUUUUCCUUACCUUCAGCUGCAUUGGGUACGCGUUGCCAUUUCUUCUUUGUGCUACUAUUUUCUGCUGCUUGCCCUGUAUUAUUUCAGUGAUGGGUAUUCGAGAAGAUCUCUCGAAACCCAGAGGAGCGAGUACAGAAACUAUAGAUGCUCUACCGACCUACAAAUUCAAGUCAAGAAAAAAUGGGAGUAUUGAUGAUGAACUAUGCUUGAAGGCUAGUAAAGGUGGCAUUUUGGCUGAUGGAACUCAGAAUGAGCAUGCCAUAUCAGGAGAAGAUGCACUUUGUUGUAUUUGCUUAGCAUCUUAUAUGGAGAACGAUGAUAUAAGAGAACUUCCUUGCUCUCAUCUCUUUCACGCCGAAUGUGUCGACAAAUGGUUAAUAAUCAAUGCUUCAUGCCCUCUUUGCAAGCUUGAGAUUGGUGAGGAGAAAACUAGGGCUUUGUCAUCUGACCGAAACAACAGCAGCAGUCGACAAAAUGUGAAUGAUGCAGGUGAUCUCAGUUUAAUCCCCACCAAUGUUCCAUAGUGUUGAAUAGACCUGUUCAACGGGUUGGGUUAGGGUCGGGUCGGGCCGAAGUUAAAGAAGGCAGGGUUGUGCCGGGUUGAGAUACGUGAGUAUAUGGGCUGGGCUGGACUGGGCUGGGCUGAGAUACUUGAGCUCAACACUGUUGAAUGCUACUUAUACUAAUGAUGUAAUAGUAUAAUAUCAUCAACCUUUUGUUGGCUAGAAAAGAUUAGUAAAGCUAGUUUUCAGCUUUGUAAAAAUUUGUGAAUACAGAGAGAUUGGUCUCAAAAAUAUUGAAUGACCUUGGAUUAUGUUACUAGUUUUCAGCUCUA